AGCCCAUUGGGCUGAUUACCAUUUGAUUUUGCGAGCACCGAGCAGGGUCUGGCGGCAAAUUGCGCGAAGAGCGAUAUUUCUGCUUUAUAUUCUCAUCUCUCUCUCUGUCUCUCUCUAUUUCCCUCUUUCCAGCUCGGAGAAAAUUGAGAACUGUAACGAAAAUGGAGGGAGAAACGGAUGUCGCAGAUCAGCAUCAUUCCAGGGAAUCGACGGGCGACAAGGAGAAAGAUUUGGAAACGGAUAGCGAGGGGGAAGAGAGAGAAGAAGAGAAGCACAGAGAUCGCAAGGCGGAGAAGAGAGCGAGGGCAAAGGAGAGGAGAGAGAAGAGGCGCCAGCAGAUUUCCCUCCUUCGCACCAUUCCUUAUUCCGAUCACCAGAGGUGGUGGUCGAAAGAUACUAUUGCUGUGGUGACUGGAGCAAACAGAGGGAUUGGGUUUGAGAUUGUACAUCAACUUGCAACGCAUGGUGUGACGGUUGUUCUGACAUCAAGAGAUGCUGCUGUUGGUGAAGAAGCAGCAAAGGUCUUGCAAGAAGGAGGCUUGAAUGUUCUCUUCCAUCAACUGGAUAUUGUGAACCCUUCAUCAAUCAAAGUAUUCACUGAGUGGCUGCAACAUAACUAUGGUGGUAUAGAUAUUCUGGUAAACAAUGCAGGUGUGAGCUUCAAUUAUGGACCAGACAGUCAUCUUGAGUCUGCUGAACAGGUUAUUACAACCAAUUACUAUGGCACCAAAAACAUGAUUGAAGCUAUGAUCCCAUUAAUGAGGCCUUCCACUUCAGGGGCUCGCAUUAUUAAUGUUAGCUCACGGUUAGGGAGACUUAAUGGCAGGCGAAAUAGAAUUGGAGAUGUCACUUUAAGACGGAAACUGGAAGAUGUGGACUCACUGUCUGAGGAACUAAUUGAUAGGACUGUGACUACAUUUUUGGAACAAGUAAAAGAUGGCAGCUGGACAUCUGGUGGAUGGCCUCAGACAUAUACAGACUACUCAAUGUCUAAACUUGCAGUUAAUGCUUAUACCAGGCUAAUGGCCAAGGUACUUUGGGACCGGCCCGAGGGCCAGAAGAUAUAUAUCAAUUGCUACUGCCCAGGCUGGGUGAAGACCGCCAUGACUGGUUGGGCAGGGAAUAUUACACCAGAGGAAGGGGCUGACACUUGUGUUUGGCUUGCCCUGCUUCCAAACCAGGAGGUGACUGGGAAGUUCUUUGCUGAGAGACGCGAGAUAAAUUUUUAGAGCAGUAGGAUCGGUGCCUUGCAUCAGGAUUUACUUCAAGUUUCAGCUUUGGUUCGGGAAGAAGAAAUUCUUCAACAGCUGAGAAAAAUGAAGAGAAGCGGUGCCAAGAAAGUGUUGUUAACUGGUCUGUUGAAGGAGACUCUGGGAAGAAAGUGAGCAACUGUCACUGGUGUGAUGUGCAGGGAAGUUAUCAAUUGCUCUUGCUCAUCUUUGGUUUGUGCUAAUCUUUUUCAGAAUCUUUGUACCUACGAACUGAGGAGUUUACAAGCAUUUGGCGAUGGGCGAAAAUGCAACACUUUGGUGCAUUUCUGUUCAUUGAUUCAUGCAUUUUUCAUGCUACAAACUUUGCUGUAGAAGACCUUUGUAUUACUUUUUUUUUUUUUUCUUAAUAAUUUUUUGGUAGUUUUAUCAUCA